CAGUCCACUACUUCUCCUCGUCGUCUCCCUCGCCGCCGGCCGCCGGCGAACCCAAGAUUUCAGUUCAGACGAGCACCAGCCGCCGCCGCCGUGAUGAUGAAGAAGACAUCCAAGGAGCUGGACUACGUGCUGGUGCCGAUGGGGAUGGCGGUGAUGGUGGCGUACCACGCGUGGCUCCUCCUCCGCAUCCGGCGGCGCCCGGCGACCACCGUGAUCGGCAUCAACGCCAUCAACCGCCGCAUAUGGGUGCGCCACGUCAUGGAGGAGGCGUCCGGGAAGCACGCCGUGCUGGCGGUGCAGACCAUGCGCAACAGCAUCAUGGCCUCCACCGUCCUCGCCUCCGUCGCCAUCACCCUCAGCUCCCUCGUCGCCGCGCUCAUGGCCAGCGGCGUCGCCCACGGCAUCUUCUCCCCCGGCGCCGGCGACGGCCAGGGCGAGAUCGUCGUCGGCGCCGGCGGCGAGACGGCGCUGUCGAUCAAGUUCUUCGCCAUCCUCGUCUGCUUCCUCGUCGCCUUCCUCCUCAACGUCCAGUCCAUCCGCUACUACAGCCACACCGGCAUCCUCGUCAACGUGCCGCUCCACGCGCACCGCCACCGCCGCCGCCGACCGGGGCUCGCCGUCGACUACGUGACGGCGACGCUCAACCGCGGCAGCUACUUCUGGUCCCUCGGCGUCCGCGCCUUCUACUUCUCGUGCCCCGUCUUCCUCUGGCUCUUCGGCCCCAUCCCCAUGUUCGCCUCCUGCCUCGCCAUGGUCUGCGCGCUCUACUUCCUCGACGUGUACACCGAGUGGGACGAGAAGCCGGAGGAGGAAGAGGAGCUCAACGGCAAUGGCGAUGGCGACGACGGCGGCGCCGCCGCGUGCCAUGAACAACCCAAGAUGGCCGCCGGCAACAGGGUGACGCCUCAGCAAGACGUCGUCUGAAAACUGAAACUCUGAAGGUGUUUGUUGCCUGUGCCUGCAUGCAGGUGAUCUGGAUUCAGCAGCUCGUUGAAUCAAGAUUAAUAAUUAGUUUAUGUACUUUGGUAUAAAUAAAAUCGCCGUGCCUAGGAUUCAAUAUCUCGUUGAAUCCUAGAUUUGUCGCGACAAAUUCGCAUAAAAAAUGCUUUGAAUUGAUGUUAAGUAUGAAUGCCCUACUUCUUUCAUGAUGAUAA